AUGGGAAUCAAUGUGGAGUGGACGGGUUAUAAUUACAACUUUGUUAAUGUUUAUGCCUCCUGCAAUGUGUUGCUCAGGAGAACAAUGUGGAUAAAUCUGAUAAAGGUAAUGAGUAUGAAGAGUGAGGAAAAGUGGUUCUUAGGAGGAGAUUUCAAUGUUGAUACUCGUAAAGAAGAGAGAUUAGGCAAAUGGGGGAAUGGCGGGGAGAGUAGGAUGGAGGAGUUUCGUAGUUUCAUUGAAGAUAUGAAGUUCAAUGAUAUGUCGUGUAUUGGAGGAAAGUUUACAUGGUUCAACGGCUGCGGAAAUGCGAUGAGAAGAUUAGACAAAUUUUUGUUGUCUGAUAAUCCAGUUGACUUAUGGAAGAUUACGACUCAGAGGAUAGGCCAGAGAGAUAUUUCGAAUCACUAUCCUAUUUGGCUAAAAUCGUGUUCUAGAGAUUGGGGAUCAAAACCUUUUCGUUUCAACAAUUAUCAAGUUGGAUUAAAAGGAAAGCAUGUUGAGGAACAAAUUAAGGCAGAUGUGGCUGAAAGAAGGGGACAAGAACACCCAUUUUUUCAUAACUCCUUGAAAGAGAGAUACAUAAGGAACUUUCUUAACUUGGUGGAUGCGGAAGGGGGUAGAGUGAAGGAUGUGAAAGAAACCAAGAAUGUUGUUAAGAGCCAGUUUGAAGCCUUCUUCAAGGAGCCUUGCUACAAAGGACCAGUUCCUGAUGGUAUAAAGUUUAAUGAACUUAAUGAUUCUGAUAAACAACUUAUCGAAAUGGAGUUAUUUGGGGAAGAAAUCAAAGAAGCUAUUUGGAGUUGGGAUGGUGAUAAAAGUGUAGGUCCUGAUGACUUUAGCUUCGAGCUUUUAAAGAAAGGAACCCUCAAUGUCUUUCUGAAUACAAACAUAUUUGUUUAG